UUUUUGUACAAUAUGCCUGGGUAAAACUGUCAGUGUGUCUAUGCUUUUGGCUACUGGGGGAAAGGAACCAUGGUCACUGUCUCGUCAGCUCAACCAUCUCCACCAAAGUCAAUCUUCGGCAUGUCUCAGUGUACUUCUGAUUCUGAUGGAUUCGUCACCGUCGGCUGCUUGGCAAGAGGUUUCUCACCUGCGGACUCACUUACUUUCAAAUGGAAGGAUACUAAUAAAGAUUUAAGUGAAUUUGUGCAGUAUCCAUCAUUCGGGCGGGAUGGAGACUAUACCAAAAUCAGCCAUAUGCGUAUCAGAAAAAGCGACUGGGUUCCUGAAAACCCUUACACAUGUCAAGCUACAAAUUCUAAAGGCUCACUAGAGGCUAAAGUUGAAGUUCGAGCUCCACCAACAGCCCCAACAACAGCUCCACCAACAGCCCCACCAACAGCCCCACCAUCAGGCUCAUGUACACUGACACUGAAGCCACCACUUCAGAGAGAAAUAUUUGUUCAUAAUAAAGUUGUCUUGGAAGCUGUUGUUUCUGGAGAUAUAAAAGAUACAGUGUCAUGUACAGUGAAUAAUGCUGAGAGACAAAAAGUCGAUUUUUCUAUUGACAUUUCACAGUCUACAAAAAAAUACAAUGUCACUGUUGAUACAAAGAAAUGGUUUAAUGGUGAAAAAGUCACUUGCACCAUCCGUGACACAAAUAACAAAGAAAUCAAGCAGGAGAUCAGUUUUAAAAAAGGAGAUGGAAAGACACCCAGUGUUUUCAUUUACAAACCUGAUAAUAUUGGCACAGGUCCUGUCUCUCAUGUGUGUGAGGUCACCAGCCCUAACCUUGGCGAUGUCUAUAUCAUGUGGAAAGUGGGUGAUGGGCCUUACAUAGAGGGCACAACCAGUGCUCCCAUCCAUCAUAAUAACUACAUGUUUGUUCUCAGUUUCCUAACAAUAUCAAAAGAAAAGUAUGAAAAUAACACCAUCACCUGCGCAGUCAAACAUGCCAACAUGAACCAUACAGGAUCUCCAUUACAAGCUUCAACAAGCCAAAUUACAUUGACACUGAAGCCACCAAAUGAGAAAGAACUAUUUGUCCAAAAUAAAGUUGUCUUGCAAGCUGUUGUUUCUGGAGACGUGCAAAAGACAGUGCAAGAUGCUUCAGUGUCAUGUGUAGUGAAGAAUGUACCUGUAACCAGUAAUAAUAUCAAACCAGAAACUAUCGUCUUCUCUACCAACACUUCACAAUUUAUAAGAAUCCACAAUGUAAUCAUUGAUACAAAGAAAUGGUUUGAUGGUGAAAUGGUCACCUGCACCAUCCGUGACACAAAUAAUGACAGAGACGUCAAGCAGGAGAUCCAUUUUGAUAAAGGAGAUGGACGGAAACCGAGUGUUUUUAUUCACAAACCUGAUCUUAUCAACAAAGAUCGUGUCUCCCUGGUUUGUGAGGUUACUAGCUCUAAACUUGGCGAUGUCUAUAUCAUGUGGAAAGUGGGUGAUGAGCCUUACACAGAGGGCACAACCAGUGCUCCCAUCCAUCAAAAUAACUACAUGUUUGUUCUCAGUUUCCUAACAAUAUCAAAAGAAAAAUAUGAAAAUAACACCAUCACCUGAGUCAAACAUGCCAACAUGAACCAUACAGGAUCUCCAUUACAAGCUUCAACAAGCCAAAUUACAUUGACACUGAAGCCACCAAAUGAGAAAGAACUAUUUGUCCAAAAUAAAGUUGUCUUGCAAGCUGUUGUUUCUGGAGACGUGCAAAAGACAGUGCAAGAUGCUUCAGUGUCAUGUGUAGUGAAGAAUGUACCUGUAACCAGUAAUAAUAUCAAACCAGAAACUAUCGUCUUCUCUACCAACACUUCACAGUUUAUAAGAAUCCACAAUGUAAUCAUUGAUACAAAGAAAUGGUUUGAUGGUGAAAUGGUCACCUGCGCCAUCCGUGACACAAAUAAUGACAGAGACGUCAAGCAGGAGAUCCAUUUUGAUAAAGGAGAUGGACGGAAACCGAGUGUUUUUAUUCACAAACCUGAUCUUAUCAACAAAGAUCGUGUCUCCCUGGUUUGUGAGGUUACUAGCUCUAAACUUGGCGAUGUCUAUAUCAUGUGGAAAGUGGGUGAUGAGCCUUACACAGAGGGCACAACCAGUGCUCCCAUCCAUCAAAAUAACUACAUGUUUGUUCUCAGUUUCCUAACAAUAUCAAAAGAAAAAUAUGAAAAUAACACCAUCACCUGUGCAGUCAAACAUGCCAACAUGGACCAUACAGGAUCUCCAUUACAAGCUUCAACAAGCCAAAUUACAUUGACACUGAAGCCACCAAGUGAGAAAGAACUAUUUGUCCAAAAUAAAGUUGUCUUGCAAGCUGUUGUUUCUGGAGACGUGCAAAAGACAGUGCAAGAUGCUUCAGUGUCAUGUGUAGUGAAGAAUGUACCUGUAACCAGUAAUAAUAUCAAACCAGAAACUAUCGUCUCCUCUACCAACACUUCACAGUUUAUAAGAAUCCACAAUGUAAUCAUCGAUACAAAGAAAUGGUUUGAUGGUGAAAUGGUCACCUGCACCAUCCGUGACACAAAUAAUGACAGAGACGUCAAGCAGGAGAUCCAUUUUGAUAAAGGAGAUGGACGGAAACCGAGUGUUUUUAUUCACAAACCUGAUCUUAUCAACAAAGAUCGUGUCUCCCUGGUUUGUGAGGUUACUAGCUCUAAACUUGGCGAUGUCUAUAUCAUGUGGAAAGUGGGCGAUGAGCCUUACACAGAGGGCACAACCAGUGCUCCCAUCCAUCAAAAUAACUACAUGUUUGUUCUCAGUUUCCUAACAAUAUCAAAAGAAAAAUAUGAAAAUAACAUCAUCACCUGCGCAGUCAAACAUGCCAACAUGGACCAUACAGGAUCUCCAUUACAAGCUUCAACAAGCCAAAUUACAUUGACACUGAAGCCACCAAAUGAGAAAGAACUAUUUGUCCAAAAUAAAGUUGUCUUGCAAGCUGUUGUUUCUGGAGACGUGCAAAAGACAGUGCAAGAUGCUUCAGUGUCAUGUGUAGUGAAGAAUGUACCUGUAACCAGUAAUAAUAUCAAACCAGAAACUAUCGUCUCCUCUACCAACACUUCACAGUUUAUAAGAAUCCACAAUGUAAUCAUCGAUACAAAGAAAUGGUUUGAUGGUGAAAUGGUCACCUGCACCAUCCGUGACACAAAUAAUGACAGAGACGUCAAGCAGGAGAUCCAUUUUGAUAAAGGAGAUGGACGGAAACCGAGUGUUUUUAUUCACAAACCUGAUCUUAUCAACAAAGAUCGUGUCUCCCUGGUUUGUGAGGUUACUAGCUCUAAACUUGGCGAUGUCUAUAUCAUGUGGAAAGUGGGUGAUGAGCCUUACACAGAGGGCACAACCAGUGCUCCCAUCAAUCAAAAUAACUUCAUGUUUGUUCUCAGUUUCCUAACAAUAUCAAAAGAAAAAUAUGAAAAUAACAUCAUCACCUGCGCAGUCAAACAUGCCAACAUGGACCAUACAGGAUCUCCAUUACAAGCUUCAACAAGCCAAAUUACAUUGACACUGAAGCCACCAAAUGAGAAAGAACUAUUUGUCCAAAAUAAAGUUGUCUUGCAAGCUGUUGUUUCUGGAGACGUACAAAAGACAGUGCAAGAGGCUUCAGUGUCAUGUGUAGUGAAGAAUGUACCUGUAACCAGUAAUAAUAUCAAACCAGAAACUAUCGACUCCUCUACCAACACUUCACAGUUUAUAAGAAUCCACAAUGUAAUCAUUGAUACAAAGAAAUGGUUUGAUGGUGAAAUGGUCACCUGCACCAUCCGUGACACAAAUAAUGACAGAGACGUCAAGCAGGAGAUCCAUUUUGAUAAAGGAGAUGGACGUAAACCAAGUGUUUUUAUUCACAAACCUGAUCUUAUCAACAAAGAUCGUGUCUCCCUGGUUUGUGAGGUUACUAGCUCUAAACUUGGCGAUGUCUAUAUCAUGUGGAAAGUGGGUGAUGAGCCUUACACAGAGGGCACAACCAGUGCUCCCAUCAAUCAAAAUAACUACAUGCUUGUUCUCAGUUUCCUAACAAUGUCAAAAGAAAAGUAUGUAAAUAACACCAUCACCUGCGCAGUCAAACAUGCCAACAUGGACCAUACAGGAUCUCCAUUACAAGCUUCAACAAGCCAAAUUACAUUGACACUGAAGCCACCAAAUGAGAAAGAACUAUUUGUCCGAAAUAAAGUUGUCUUGCAAGCUGUUGUUUCUGGAGACGUGCAAAAGACAGUGCAAGAUGCUUCAGUGUCAUGUGUAGUGAAGAAUGUACCUGUAACCAGUAAUAAUAUCAAACCAGAAACUAUCGUCUUCUCUACCGACACGUCACAGUUUAUAAGAAUCCACAAUGUAAUCAUUGAUACAAAGAAAUGGUUUGAUGGUGAAAUGGUCACCUGCACCAUCCGUGACACAAAUAAUGACAGAGACGUCAAGCAGGAGAUCCAUUUUGAUAAAGGAGAUGGACGGAAACCGAGUGUUUUUAUUCACAAACCUGAUCUUAUCAACAAAGAUCGUGUCUCCCUGGUUUGUGAGGUUACUAGCUCUAAACUUGGCGAUGUCUAUAUCAUGUGGAAAGUGGGUGAUGAACCUUACACAGAGGGCACAACCAGUGCUCCCAUCCAUCAAAAUAACUACAUGUUCGUUCACAGUUUCCUAAAAAUGUCAAAAGAAAAGUAUGAAAAUAACAUCAUCACCUGCGCAGUCAAACAUGCCAACAUGGACCAUACAGGAUCUCCAUUACAAGCUUCAACAAGCCAAAUUACAUUGGCACUGAAGCCACCAAAUGAGAAAGAACUAUUUGUCCAAAAUAAAGUUGUCUUGCAAGCUGUUGUUUCUGGAGAUGUGCAAAAGACAGUGCAAGAGGCUUCAGUGUCAUGUGUAGUGAAGAAUGUACCUGUAACCAGUAAUAAUAUCAAACCAGAAACUAUCGUCUCCUCUACCAACACUUCACAGUUUAUAAGAAUCCACAAUGUAAUCAUUGAUACAAAGAAAUGGUUUGAUGGUGAAAUGGUCAACUGCGCCAUCCGUGACACAAAUAAUGACAGAGACGUCAAGCAGGAGAUCCAUUUUGAUAAAGGAGAUGGACGUAAACCGAGUGUUUUUAUUCACAAACCUGAUCUUAUCAACAAAGAUCGUGUCUCCCUGGUUUGUGAGGUUACUAGCUCUAAACUUGGCGAUGUCUAUAUCAUGUGGAAAGUGGGUGAUGAGCCUUACACAGAGGGCACAACUACUGCUCCCAUCCAUCAAAAUAACUACAUGUUUGUUCUCAGUUUCCUAACAAUGUCAAAAGAAAAGUAUGAAAAUAACACCAUCACCUGCGCAGUCAAACAUGCCAACAUGGACCAUACAGGAUCUCCAUUACAAGCUUCAAUAUGCCAAACUACAUUUACACUGACACUUAAGUCACCAAUUGAGAGUGAACUGUUUGUCAGUAAUACAGUUGUCUUGGAAGCUGUUGUUUCUGGAGAUGCACAUAAAACAGUGAAUGAAGCUUCAGUGUCCUGCAAGGUGAAGGAUGUACCUGUAACCAGUAUCAAGCCAGGAAAUACCUUCCCUACCAACAGUUCACAGUUUAUAAAAAUUCACAAUGUCACCAUUGAUACAAAGAAAUGGUUUGAUGGUGAAAUUGUCACUUGCACCGUCCGUGACACAAAUAAUAACAGGGAUAUCAAGCAGGAGAUCCAUUUUGAUAAAGGAGAUGGAAAGAAUCCCAAUGUUACCAUUUACAAACCUGAUACCAUUUACACAAAUCAUGUUUCUCAUGUGUGUGAGGUCACAAGCCCUAAGCUCGGCGAUGUCUAUAUCAUGUGGAAAGUGGAUGAAGAGCCUUACAAAGAGGGGAGGACCAGUGCUCGCAUCUAUAAAGAGAACUCAUUUUCUGUUCUCAGCAUCCUAACAAUGGCAAAACAAAAAUAUGAAGAUCACAAAACCAUCAUCACCUGUGCAGUCAAACAUGCCAACAUGAACAAUACAGAAUCUCCAUUACAAGUGUCAACAAGCCAAAGUGAGCCACCUGAGCCAGAGAAUGGAUGUGCUCUAGACUGCAAUAAAGAUAUUGAGGAGGAGGAUGAGUUCAGAAGUCUCUGGUCCACUGCCACCUCAUUCAUCUUCCUCUUCCUCUUUUCUCUGACCUACAGCGCGGUGCUCAGCUUCUUCAAGGUGAAGCAGUGAUGAUUUGUUAAAAGACUCCAAGGUUUCUUAUUUGUUUUGUGACUGUAAUUACAUGUUAGUCUAAUCUAUUUUCAAAUCACGCUAAUUGUUACUAAUAACUAUGUUCUCUUUUUUGUUUCUUGCUCUGUCUUUCGCCAUCUCUUGGUAAGCCCGUCAAAAAAACAUGUAGACUUACUGAGAUGAAUCUACAUAAAUGUCCCCUGUGCACACAGAGGUUUUCCACAAACAUUCUUAUGACUGCUAUGUUUUUUUUCUGCAAUCCACAAAUUGUAAGAUGCAUCCUAAUAUAUUCAACGGAUUGAUAAAUAACUAUUCACCAGUUCUAGCCCUGUGAUAAUACUUUGAAUACAGGGAAAAUGGAUGCAAUUGACUCUUUAAAAGACUCCUUGUUUUGUUAUAGUAGUUUCCAUGUACUAUAUAGCUAUGCCUCAUUUUUAAGUUGUUUAGUGAAAGUGUCUGCAAAGUGAUAAAGUACAAAUGCAAUUUCAUGUUUCCGUAUAUCUCUACAUGCAAAUUACUGGGGAAAUAGCAUAUUCUGAUUAUGUUUCAUGUUAUAGUUUUUUUUCAACUGCUUACACACAAAAUCUUUACUUGUCACACAAUUUCUGAAACCUGACACUCAAACACCAGAAGCACACACCAAAUCUGCAAAACUUUACACUAAUUCUCGGCAUUAGACUCAGUUUUCAAUUUCAGAAAACACUUUUUUGCAAAUCACAACACACAAUUCUCUAUGUAACACACACACAAAUCUAACAGGAAGUAUCUUGAUUUCCUUUUUCAAACACAACCAUUUAAAAUGCCACACUAAUUCAUCAGUGCUUCACACUAACUCCUCGCAUGCACAAACACUCAUUGCUUUAUUUAACACCAACCAAUUAUGGCUUUAGAAUAAGCCUGUAAAUAGGCCACAGGUCAAGUUAUACAGUUUUUCUUGCUUCGUCGCUUUGAUGCAUUUCUCAGAUCAAAAAUGAAAUUCUCAAAACUACUUUGUUCAACCUCCACAUCAUCUAGUCACAUGUGCACAUCAUAAAAGCAGUUUCUCAUUCUUUUGAACAAGUUGUGAUUGCUUUGGUACAUUCAUGCAACUGAUUAUGUACAUUUGUCUGAGGUUUCCUACAUUAUCAGUUGCUAAUGUCAUGUUGUUCAAAAUGUAUUAUAUAGUUCUCUGUGCAAGUCAGACCACUAGUAAAAGUGUAACUGUGAAUUCAAUCCAGUCUCUUUCAAUCAAUAUCACACAUACAGUAGUGUACUUUUAUACUUUUGAAAUGGAUAUAUGGCAUACAUAAGAAGUGCAGCCUUCUGCAUUUCAGUACAGUAACUGUCAUCCAAACUGUUGCCAUAGUUUACAUCAGAUAAUACUUACAGAGUGCAGUGUCAUAUUGACAACAUGACUAAGCAUUUUGACCAUCUUGUUAGUGAGCAAUGAAACAAUGACAUUUUGUUCUGAUGGCACUAAUAUGUUCAUUGACAUAAAUACUUUUGAGAGAUGAACUAAAGAUUUUGAGUAAGUUACAGGCUUUUGCAGGUAAUCCAUUGUGUUGUUCUGUUUGCACAAAUUGUUUUGAGAAAUGCACAUACUUCUUUGCCAGUAUUACAGUAAGGAUAAUUCGAGACAUGCACCAAAGUGACGAAGAAAAACUGUAGGUAUUUCCUUUCUUUCUUACUGUGUAAUACUGUAUUCAGAACCACGAAUGCUUACAGUUAAAAAAAAAAAAAAAAGUUUGUUUUCAAUCUUGUGUUCAUGUUUACUAUGAAUUUUUCAUGGAAUUUUUGAUCUCUCUGCCAAUUACUUUCAAUCUUGUACAAAAAUGUACAUAGGAGCUCAUGAGGAGCUUUAUGUUUUGAAUAACUGUGUGUAUAUGAUAUAUCCAAAAAUAUAAUAUUAUGGCGAAAGUGUUUGCAACGUAAGACAAAUGUUUGAAUUUGAGAUAUGUUUGUGAUAUUUUGAAUGCAGUGCUUCAUUUUGCAAGAGAUGUGAGGCAUUUUGCAUUUUGUGUGUGCAGUUCUUGGAUUUGUGUGUAAAGUUUUGAAAAAGAGAGGCAAAGUUUUGAAAAUGUGUGUAAGCAGUUGAAAAAAAACUGUAAGCUUUAUUUUAUUUUAUUUUAUUAUUUUUGUCAUUAUGUAUUAAAUGCUGAUGUCAAUGCUUGCAUUUUGUAUUGUCUAUAAUUAUUCAAAUAAAGAUUGUUUUGACCUUU